CCUUAAUUUCUUUUUGAUUUUAUUUCUUUGGCAUGUUGGUCAAUAGAAAAUCAUAUUUACACGUGUUCACUGUUCAAAAUAAUUAAAAGUUGAGUUAACUAGACUAUAACAACGCCAAUAGUCAAAGACGAAAAGGGCUUCCUCUGAAAGGGAGGUUAAAGUUACGGCGGAAGUUGAAGCGCAUAUCCGAAAAUAAACAACAUGGCAUCUUCCAGCCAGGGACAAACUGUUCCACAGAAAACUUUACGUUCAAAGAUAAAAGACGAUCAUUUAACGUGUGCCAUCUGUUUAGGAAAUUAUGAUCAUCCGAAAGCACUAUCAUGCUUGCAUACUUUCUGUGAAAAUUGCAUCAGGGGCUACAUAUUCGGCAGAAAUUUUGACAAAGUUGGCAAUUUUCCAUGCCCCGAAUGUAAGCAAAUCAUACAGAUUCCCGCGGGAGGUGUUGAAUCUUUCCCCGAUAACUUUCAUAUCAAAAGUUUGUUGGAUGCUCUUUCAACUCCGGCACGUCCCGCCCCUCCUAGAUCAAUGACAAACCCAAAUGCUGAACCUAAUAGCAAUCAGUUUACAGACCAAAGGGGGGCAAGUGGUGAUCCGAAUUUAUACCCAUCACUUCAACGCUCUGAUAGCGAGAAAAAAGAAUAUGUCUUUGUAGGAGGGGAUGAAAUGAUACUUAAAUUUGGACAGUUUGGUGGAACCUUGACAGACUUUCAUAAGCCAUACGAUUUAGCUAUUGGCCAAACUGGCCAAUAUGCAAUAUCUGACAGAAGUGGCUCAAGAAUACUAGUCUUUUCAAAUACCGGAAUAUUACUAAGCCGAAUCACUUGUAUGAAUUGCAAGAUAAGUGGACUCACAUUUAUGCGAGAUGGAAAUAUUCUUGUAGCCGUUGCAAAUGCUGGUUCAUCAAUUAUGAGAGUUUAUAAUAUGGACGGGAAACUUUUGGAAGACAUCGGAGAAUUUUAUAGAUUCGCUAAACCGAGUGGAAUAGGUAUAAAUAGUAGUCAUCAAAUAGUUAUUUCUGACUUAGAAAGUCACACAAUAAUGAUUUUCACAGACAAGAGAAAAUUGUCCACCAAAUUUGGAAGUAAAGGUUCUGGGGAGAAAAGGUUUCUUUCCGCAAAUUUCAUUGCUAUUAAUCAGAAAAAUCACAUUGUCGUUUCUGAUUGUGGAAAUAAUUGCAUUCAAGUGUUUGACAGUACAGGUGAAUUAAAACAUAAAUUCGGGAGCACGGGUGAAGGUCACGGUCAACUCUCCUGUCCGAUGGGAGUUGCAACUGAUAGUCACAAUAACAUUAUAGUGGCUGAUGCCGGAAAUUUCCGAGUAGAAAUUUUCGACAAAAAGGGCAAACAUAUCAAGUGCCUUGUUGAAGAUACAGACUUGAUAGGAAAUGAAGCAAAGCCAUUAAAUGUAGCAGUGACCCAUAAAGGAGACAUUGCCGUUUUGCUUGUCGGUGAACAGUUUGCUGAAGUCAGAGUUUUUAGAUGGAAUGGCUGAAAUAUAUACUUGAUAAUAUUUUAUAGAUUUAUUUUGACAACUGACAAUCUUUAACUUUAAUGAAUCAGAAAUAAAUGUAUUAAAUUAAAUAGUAUUAAUAAUAAACAUGCAUAAUGUUACAAAUAAAAGUAUACUUGUACAUGUAUGCAUUUGUUAAACAUUACAUUGUAAAUUAUUACAGUAUAUAUGAGAGAAGGUAUAAACUCUUACAAAUGGAGUUACACCAUUUAAAAGAAUCAGUAUUGAUGUUUACCAUAUUUACUACAAUAUAACACAAAUAGAAAACAUCCUAGGUAGGCCUAAACCAUGUCAUAGUUUACAAACAUACAUGUAGCAUGGAGGUGUUCACAUCUGAUUUUCAACAACCACGCUUAUUUUGUAUAAGUAUAGUACUUUAUACUAAAUACUAUUGUUUGUGAUGAUAGUACAAAGGACCAUACAAAGUUUUCAUGAGAAGAGCAUGUAUUUGGCAACCUUAUUUAAAUUCAACACAUUUAGCAUCAAAGUGUUCACUAACAUAACUAAGGCUUAAAUAAAACAAGUUUUUAUUUCUGAUUAUCUGACUUUUAAAAAUUACAUGUAAACGAAAAUUUGAAGGAAAACAUUAUCUUAAACUUUUUUUUCUGCAAACUGUAAUAGAAUUACAGGAUAAAUGCAUAUUUACCAAAGUCAAAUGAAAGUAGUCAAGAGCAUUAAACAUGUUAAAGAAAAUGAACACUUUCAUAGAAUAUACAGGUCUAUUUUAAGGUUGAUACAACACAUGUACAAGCAACACAAUAUAUAUUUUUCUUUGCUUGAAAUGAAGUUGUACUCAAAGUAAUAUGUUUCUGUUUUCAUGAUUUUCAGAUUUGUUUUAAAAUAAAAAUAAAAAAUGUUCAAAUACACAAACUUUAAACUAUGCAAACCCUUUGAUAUUGUUUUUCUUGUAUUUUGUCAUCCUUAGCCUGGAAAUCACUGUUUUGUACAAGCUGAGUUUUAAUAUGCAGUCAAGGGACACAUGUAAUACUGAUACAAGUUAAAUAAACUUGAAGAUGUAAGAAAUAUAUGUAAGAGUUAAUAUGUCAAAUUUAAAUUUUAUUUUCAAUGUUGAAAAAUCUCCCCAUUCCAUCAUUUUCAUUGCUUAUAUUGUAUAUAUAUGCUUCUCAAAAACUUUACCUCAACAAGUAUAUUUUUUUACAACUCUUAAAAUUUUCAAGGCUUUUGGGGGACAUUAAAACAUGCCUCAAAAUUUUUUUUCUUUAUAAUUUGCUUAAGAGUUUUAUCUCAACAUGCUCAAUGACUAAACAAAGAAAUCUACUGUGCACAUAUUUAUAUAUAUAUAUAUAUGUUAUAAGUAUUUCUUAAAUACAUGUACUGUAAAUUCAGAAAUUUAUAUAUUUUUUUUUAUUAAUGCCAAUAUGCCAAUAAUGGGACUUGGCUAUCGUGAUUAUCUCAAUAAUAAGAACCCGCAUUCUGAUAUCUGAUACAUAUAUCUGUAUGCAGAUUUUCUGUAAAUCGCAACAAUUAAUCUCGCUUUUUUGUCCAUUCUUCAAAAAUCGCAAUAAUAAAUGCACGCAAUAUUAAUAAUUUAUAAAUUUACAGUAUCCAGGUAUCAGAAUGAAAUUUUGAUUCUCCAUGAUUGAAAUAUAAUUUAUAUCAGAAUACUAAGUAAAAACAGACAAUUAAACUCUUUAUAACAAGAAGAUAAGUAGUGUUUAUAUUUAACAUCCUACACAGUAACUUGAGUGGAGGUUAAUUUGUACCAAAUAUAUCCAAAGAGCUUAUUAUUGGUUGAAUUUUAAAUAUUUAUUGAUCAAACAUAAAUAAUUACUGUAACUUAUACAUUGUAGAUAGAUGUAAAUAACAAUAUUUCAUAAUUUGACAUGAGCAUUAAAUAUUGUUACUGAGCCAUUGUACAUGUAUCACAUAUUUGUAAUGUAUACAUGUAUAUUUUGCUUUCAUUUGCCAUCUACAUGAUCUACACAAAAAAUGUCAUUGAUUUAUGAACAUGAUGAAUUGAUUUACCUUUUCCUUAUAAAGCCAUGAAAGCUGAUGAGAAAGCUAUAAUAUACACAAUUAAUCAUUACUGCAACAAUUUUUGUUGGGAGUUUACAAAUUAUGUUAAUGUUGUGCAAAUUAUGUUAAUGUUGUGCUUAUAAGUAUUAAAAUCCCAGGUUGGAUAUUUUAUUGAUGAGUACUUUGAGUAAGAAGCCAAAGUACAUAUAAAUGUCUUGUUAGUGUAAUAUUUUUUGACUGUUUGACAUGUUUUCAUGUGUAUAAUACUGUCAUUGUUUGACAUCUGCCUUGCAUUCAAUCUUUUUUAAAAACAUAAUUGUUGAAAGAUGAUAUGAAGUUUUACUGAAUUACCCGAGUUUCCUUAAGCAUGUUAAGAAGGGAUCUAUUUGGAUAUUGUAUAGUCUUUUCAUUGAACAUAUUUACCAAUAAACAUGUACAUGAGCAGAAACAAAAAAUAACUUUAAAGAUAGUUAAUUGAGUAAUGUUGAAUACAUGUAUUUUGAAUUCUUCCUCGCUAUCAAUUUCAAAAAUAUUUCUAUACCAUAGCUACAUGUAGCAUUGUAGCCAUGAAUAUUUAAUAUAUAUUUCUGAAUGAAUUUUCAUAACAGGACACUGUACUCUUUGAAGUUUUAAAAGUACAGGCAUGAGUUUUUUGUACAUGUACAAAUGUACAUGUUCAGUUGAUUAAACAUGCUGAUAAAUGCCUUGUUUUAGAUUUUUACUUUUGUCAUGUUUGUGGAACCUAAACAUUGUUAAUAGGUUUAUUUCAGUGCAUAUCAUUUGGAAAUGAAAUAGGCAUUCAUUUGUGGCAUUCAUUUCUACUGUACAUUUGUGCAUGAACUGAAAUAGUAUAUCUGUGAUAUUAUGUACAAUUUUUCCCUAACUUUUGGUGCCUUUGAAGUACAAUGUGAUAUAUAUUUUCUAACAUUUUUUUCUUACAAACUGUUUUUUUUGUAUUUGUAACAUGUGCCUUCAUAUACAGUGUAUAUGUUGUAUGGUAACAGUAAGUUUUUCUCUCGAUUAAAAUUAAAUGCAAUCUAAA